UAUCAACACUCGAACAAUUACUAUAUAUCCGGUUCUACACUUCUUGUCUUACCUUGGAGGCACGGUUUCUGGCAGCAAGUCAACCCUUGUAUCAUCUGUCAGAAGGCACAGACCAUCCAAAGCUAAUCUGCCAAAAUGACUUUUGAUAUCCACUGUUCAAAUUCAAUUCCUCUUUGGAUCAUGCAUAUCCACUCUCCGGUUACCCGAUCGAGAGUAUGCGACCGGGGGUGCAAAAGAGGGGAACCUACAGCCUGGUAUACUUCCCGUGACAUCCCACCGGCCAAAAUACGAGAUGACGACAUAUAUAUAGCUAUAUGGACUCCUCUUUUCUUCAACACCUUCAACCAUUUCCCUCCUGACCCGUCACCUACCUUCACUACAUACAUACCCCCAUCUCAAUCCCCAAAGAAAGAGCCCUCCAAACAAAAUGCACCUCACCAUCCUCCCCGCCUCAACCCAAACCGCCCAAGCGACCAUCCGCGCCAUCCUCAACGACAAAACCCAACCCGCCACAACCGUAGAAGCCAUCUACCGCAAUCCAUCCAAAGUACCCGAUGAAUUCGCACUCAACCCGCGCUUCCGCGCCGUGAAAGGCGACAUCGACGAUCCUUCGACGCUCGAUCUCUCCGACACCGACGCCGUGUUCGUAAUCACCCCGCCGACAUUCGACGGCGCGGAUACGUUCGAGUGCGCGAGAUCGACGGCCGAGAAUGUCAAGGCGGCGGCGAGGAAAGGGGGCGUGAAGAGGGUGGUGUAUUUGUCGAGUAUUGGAGCGCAGUGUGAGAGUGGGACGGGAGAGAUUCUUGCGAACCAUAUCUCUGAGACGGUUCUGAAGGAUGCGGCGCCUGAAGUCGUGUUCAUCCGAUGUGGUUAUUUCAUGGAGAAUUGGGCGACGGCUCUGCCGACGGUGAAGUCUGAGAAUCCGUUUUUUUAUUCCACGGUGACGCCGUUGGAGUAUGAGCUUCCUAUGAUUGCCGUAAAAGAUAUCGGCCAAUCUGCCGCCUCUCAGCUCCUGGGUACCGGUACUCCUCUUCCCAAGAGCCCGUAUAUCUACGAGCUGCACGGACCGAGACCGUAUACAUCUCGGGACGUGCAGAAGGCAUAUGAAAAAGCGGCAGGGAAAGAGGUUGAGGCGAAGCCGGUUGAGAAAGAGGAUCUGGGACCGUUCUUUGCGCAGGUCAUGCCGGGUCCGCUGGUACAGCCGUUUGUUGAGAUGACGCUCUCGUUCUUGCCGGGUGGCGUUGCAUUGGAGAAUGUUUCCGGGGAGGUUCCGAAUGUGCAGCGUAGCAAGACAGAGUUGGAUGAGGUGAUUGGGGAGUUGUAUAGAAGAUGA